UAAAACGUAUUAUAACGUAAAAGCGAAAUCACCAUACCGCAGAUACUUAAUAGACACAAAUGUAUGUUGCUAUAUAUGGUAAUGUGCCGUAGGGUUCCAUAAUCAACUCCGCGACCACUGGUCUGUGCGAAUGUACGCUUCCACUUGCCGCUCUUCAUCCAGGUUUGCAACCGCUACGUUAUUACAGCCGAAACAUUUUUGUCUACGUGAACGGCUGGUAUGCCCACCUUUAUAAAACGUCAGCGAUUUCGGCCUGCUUUCAUAUAAAAGGCGUGAGAACACAGGAAACGUUAGGCAUUUGGGUUACCGGACGUCCGUGAUGCUGCCAAUCCGUACCGUCUUCUUGGCCCUAUGCGCCUCUGUGGCUAUCGCCGCCCCCCUCGGCGGCGUUUGCCCCACCACUGGCGAUUGCCCGAAGUGCGGUGUUAGCACUGAGGAAUUAAAGCAGCUCGUCUGCGGUGCCAAAUCUUCCUUCGUUGUUGCCACUGGCGUUGCACAGGACGGCCAAUCAUGGAUGUCUCCUCGCCGUUGGCAGGAUAUUCUUGGAGCCGAUGGCAACCGCUAUGCUGUUCAGACAUAUCCCAUCGAUGAGCGUCAUUGGGAGCCUAAGAACGGCGAAUGUAGGAACUACUUCGUGAAACCUGUCUAUGACAUAACGCGUGGCCAGAAAGCUCAAGCCAUCAACACUCCUUCAGUUACUGGCCUGUAUAUUAAUAUGGAAUGCCGCUGCCCGGAGCUUAUCCGUGGUGCUGGAUACGCUGUUAUUGUCUUCAAGGACCACAAGAUUCAUCACCUCGAUGAGCUCUUGCAGGCUUCCCUUGAUAAUCAGGUCACCGUGGCUCCCUUGUCCCAAGGCGAAUGGAUUAUUCCCUCUUGCGAUGAAGAUUUCGAUGCCUCCGGCAUUGAUCAGGAGAAGCUUCCUUCAGCCUUCAUAAACGAUGAGACAGAGAAAGAGUGCUCUGAAAGGACUAUCACCUGCCCCAAGUGCGAUAUCAUUAGUUCCACAGACCAGCUCGAAGGUAUUUGCCAGUCUCAGCAAGCUGUGCUCGUUAAACGCAUCAUGGACGAUGUUACCCCCGCUGAGCAGGCUGCUCCUUGGAAUAUGCCCAAGAUUUCUAUUUAUGUGGCAAAGGAUAACGCAAAGGCGGACUCUCAGCAGCUUCACAUCAAGAUAGUUGCCCGUGAAAAAAAUUCCUGUAUUGGCGGCAAGUUCCGCAUCCUCAAUGCUUUCACUCCCGACUUCGAUGACAACCGCAAUCAAAGCUUCCAGCUCGGCCAAGACUGUGAAUGUGACUACCUUCGUCACCAUACCGGUUUUGCUCUUUUACAGUCUGAGCGCAAACUCUCUGAGGAAGGGAUACUUUCCGAAAACGAAAAGAUACUCAUAAUUCCUGAAGGCCAGUACGUUAUUCCCUACUGUCAACAAGAGCAGGCUGAAGAGCGUUCCGUGAGUGAAGAUGACGAUGAUGAGCAAAAAGCUGAAUGCGAUGAGCUUGAGGAGAGCUGCCCCGUAUGUGACGAGAUCACCCCCAAGAUCCAGGAGGCCGUUCAGAGCAUAGGCACCUAUGUCGUUAAGAUGCAAACCAACCGUCACCUUAAGCCAUCUAAAAAAAGCGAAGACGCCAAGUGCGGCGCUGUUCAUCUUAUUUCUAUCUUCAAAGGAGAUAACGAGAAAGUUGAGCCUGAGCUUCCCUUCACUCUUCCUGAGAAAUGCCGUUGCGAUGCUAUGUCUGCUUAUGGCCGUCAGUUUUACGCUGUUAUCAAGAAGGAUGCCUUUGGCGGUGAGCGUCUUGAGAAGCUUCCCCUUAAUGAAAACGUCUACAUUAUCAGCUACAACUACCGUUCUUACAGCUUAAUCCAGAGGUGGAUAGACUCUAGGGAGGAAAAUUAUGUCAACGACCGUAUUGAUAACGAUGGGUACAACUCCAUGGCCCUUCAGGAAUUUGGUGGUAUCGGACCAUCUUACGGUCCUCCUCCCAGUUCUAAGCCUUAUGCUGCGCCUCAGCAGCGUAUGGGUGGUUACGGUCAGUUCCAGCGCGGCUAUGGUGGGCAGGUUAGCCAUGGAGGUCAGUCUCAAGGUGGUUACGGCAGUCAACUCCAGAGUAGAGGAGAAGCUCCCGUAAGCUAUCAGCCUCUUUACUCGUCUCAGCAAGGCUCACAAGGAGGCUACAUGCAGUCUGCCUUGCCACAGUAUUCCAACUACGGAAUGUACGUUCCUAUUGAAUAUGAACCUACUUACGCCCCUCCGACCUCUCCCAGACAGAGCCUUGUUAGCAUAAAAGUAAAGAACGUGGCUGACUUCAGUGAGACUUACGGUGCUCCCUCGUAUACUCGCAGGCCUCCAAGCGGUUCGGAAAACCAAUCUUCUUCCGGAAGCUAUAGAGGCCAGUCUAUGCCACAGGGUGGCUACCGUGGCCAAAUUUUCGGUGGUGAAAGUUACCCUGCAUCUCCUCCUUCGCCUUCUUACCACACACCCCCUUCUGCUCCUCCCGCACCUUCCUACCAGCCACCCUCUCUUGCGCCUUUUUACCAGCCAUCUUCUCCCACGCCUUCUUACCAGCCAUCUUCUGCCGCAUCUUUGUACCAAGCACCUGCUCCGGCUUCUCCUGCGCCUUCUCACCAGCCACCCACCUCUGCUCCUCCUAUGACUUCUUACCAGCCGCUCUUCCCUACGUCUUCUUACCAGGUACCCGCCCCUGCUUUUCCAACGCCUUCUUACCAGCCACCCCCUUCUGCUUCUCCUGCGCCUUCUUACCAGCCACUUUCUCCUGUGCCUUCUUACCAGCCAUCCUCUUCCGCGCCUUCUUACCAGCCACACUCGCCUGUGCCUUCUUACCAGCCAUCCUCUUCCGCGCCUUCUUACCCGCCACCCCCUCCUGCGCCUUCUUACCAGCCAUCCCCCCCUGCGCCUUCCUACCAGCCACCCCCUUCUGCGCCUUCUUACCAGCCACCUCAUUCUGAGCCUGCUUUCCAGCCACUCCUUUCUGAACCUUCCUACCAGCCACCCCCUCUUGAAGCUUCUUACCAGCUUGCUCCUACUGAGGCUUCUUACCAACCACUCACUCACGUUCCUUCUUAUCAACCAGCCCCCGCGGAGUCUUCUUAUCAGCCGCCUCAUUCUGAGCCUUCUUACCAGCCACCUUCUUCUGAGCCUUCUUACCAGUCACCCUCUCCUGUUCCUUCCUAUCAGCCACCCUCUCCUGUACCUUCUUACCAGCCACAUCCUCCUGCUCCUUCUUACCAGGCAUCUCCUUCUACUCUUUCUUACCAACCACCUGCCCCUGUUCCUCCGACGCCUUCGUAUCAGCCAUCUUCCCCUGCUUCUUCUUACCAGCCACCUGUCCCUGUUCCUCCGACGCCUUUUUUCCCGCCACCCACACUUGCUUCUUCUGCACCUUCUUACCAGUCACCCACCCCUGCUCCUGCUUCCUCUUACCAGCCUUACCCUUCUGCGUUUUUUUACCAGCCACCCGCUCCUGAGUCUUCUUACCAGCCAUCCCUUCCUGCUUCUUCCUUCCAGUCACACUCCCUUGCGUCUCCUUACCAGUCACGUUUUUCUGCACCUUCGUACCAACCACCCUCUUCUGGUCCUUCAUACCAGCCACUCCCUUCUGCUUCUCCCGUGUCUUCUUACCAGCCAUCCAUUCUUACUCCUCCUGCUCCUUACCAGCUACCCUCUUUUACUCCUUCUGCACUUUCUUACCAGCCAUCCCCCCCUGCUCCUCCUCCGCCUUCUUAUCAAGCAUUCUCCCCAACUCCUCUUGUGCCUGCUUACCAGGCACCCCCGCCUGCUCCUCCUGCACCAUCUUAUCCGACACCCCCCCUUGCUUCUGCUGAAUCUUCUUAUCAAACUCCCGCUCCUGCUCCUGAAGAGAAGGAGUAUGGUGGCUCCGCUCUCGCGCCGAUGGAAUCAUCUUCUUACGGACCUCAGCAGCAGGGUGGCUACUCCAGCGCACCCUCUGGAGGUUCAUAUGGCCAACCGCCAGCCGCUCGCAGAGUUUUCAGCGGUUUGGCUGACAGGCCUUUUUUUCCGUGCUGCAAGACGGGGGAGCUUUUCAAUAUAGAGAGAUAAUGCCGUAACUUCGAUUGCUGUGUCCUACUCGAUGCCGAUCACCAUUCCGAUUGUAAGCGCCAAGGCCUCCGCUUCAAAGAUCGGC